AUGGAGCGCCCUGACUUUGUGGCAUUUACUGGAGAUAUGGUGACUGGGUACAAUUGGGAUGGAACACAAGGCUGGUUCGAGCGGCAAUGGAAGGUGUUUACAAAGGUUGUUACCGAGAAUAAGAUUCCUUACGCAUACACUCUGGGAAACCACGAUGUGGAGGCAGACCUGAGUCGCGAGCAGAUUGUCCGUUUGGACCAGACGAACCCCCUCAGCCUCACCGAGUUAGGUCCGGAAGGUCCGCACAACUCCACGAACUAUGUAAUUCCAGUAUUCAGCUCAACAAACGCCUCAAAAGUGGCAAUGAACCUCUGGUUCUUCGACUCUGGCAACCGUGGAUGCAACGGCGAGCGCAUGGACAUGUUCGGCUGCAUAGAACGAGACGUAGUGGAGUGGUACAAGCGGCGAUCCGAUGAACUGGAAGUCGAGCAGGGAGGCCGCGUUCCAGCGAUGGCUUUUUUCCACAUCCCUCCGCAGGAAUUCAUGGACGGAUGGAACGUAAAGAGUGAAAUGAGCGAGGUGAGGCUGCAGGUGACGAGCUGCUCGGGAGUCAAUACGGGAAUCGUCGAUGCGUUUCUUGAAAAAGGGAAUGUGGUGGCGUUGUUUGUGGGGCAUGACCAUCCAAACGAUUUCUCGGUGGAUUAUCGCGGAUUGUAUAUGGCGUAUGGGAGAAAAUCGGGGUAUGGAGGUUACGGAAUCCCGAGUCAUAUUCGAAAAGGAGCGCGUGUGCUGCGAAUCCAAGAGAAUCCGUUUUCGUUCGAUACGUAUAUCGCUGGAGAGAAUUUGAAGCGUGAAUGGUUGGUGGAUAUGCACUGGACAAACGGCACGCAGUAUUAUUGCAAUGCUGGCUUUUGUGUUUUGACUAACCGAUUUCUAGGCAAGUCUCAGAAGAAAGUCAGUAAGAAAGGAAAGGGAAAGAAGGUGAUUGAUACCAUGGCUAAGAAGGAGUGGUACGACGUGCGUGCCCCGAACCAGUUCCUGGUGCGUGAUGUUUGCAAGACGCUGGUGUCUCGUACUUCGGGAUUGAAAAUCGCUUCGGAGGGUCUGAAGGGACGUAUUUUCGAGGCCAAUCUGGGUGAUCUGAGCAAGAACGAGGAGCAGGGUUACCGCAAGAUCAAGCUGCGAGUGGAGGACGUGCAGGGAGAUAAGUGCAUCACCCUCUUCUACGGAAUGGACAUCACCCGCGACAAGCUGGGUUCUCUGAUCAAGAAGUGGAAGACUCUGAUCGAGUGCAACGUGGAGGUGUCUACCACCGACGGUUACAAGCUGCGUCUGUUCUGCAUCGCGUUCACCCGCAAGCAGGACAACCAGAACAAGAAGACUUGCUACGCGCAGGCCUCUCAGAUCCACCGCAUUCGUGCGAAGAUGGUGGAGAUCAUCACGGACGAGGUGUCGAAGUGCGAUCUUGCGACGCUGGUUCCGAAGCUGUACAUGGAGUCGAUCGGUGCUCGCAUUCAGAAGGAGUGCAACAAGAUCUAUCCUCUGGAGAACACGCUGAUCCGCAAGGUGAAGAUGAUCAAGUCGCCCAAGAUCGAUACGGUGAAGCUGAUGGAGCAGCACGCCGAUGUCGUGAAGAAGGAGGAAGAGGGCGUGAAGGUGGAGGAGACUGUGGCUCCCAUGGCUGGAUCGGGAGGUCGUCUAUAAACUGUUUUACUUAUGCACAACGAGU